CAGCAUCAUAUGUUUGCUGGCAGAAAAUGGUGUGCUCAUCAUCAUAACCGUAACAAUUCGUUCGAUUUGUGAGUGUUAAUUGUUGGUUAUUUUUAGUUUUUGUUCUUGUUAUUUAUCGCUCAUCGUUAAAGAGGCACAAUGUCACCGGAAAGGGCUCUAAUUCUACCGGAAGAAACGAGCGUAACCCCGAAAAUGUCCGUUCCGGCAAGUCCAAUAGCUGGCACACCAACAAGAGAAGCACAAUCACCAAUGUCCAUACUUUUAGCUGUUGCACAAAGUCAAGUAAAUAAAACCGGGGGAAACGGCGAUGAUGAUUUAACUAAUUUAGCUUGGUUACAUGAAAGAGAUUUAUUAAAAGGAAUGAAUAUUGUAAAUCCGUCUCCUUCAAAUAGUUUAAACUCAACACCAAUAAAAUACACCAUGACCAAUAAUAAUAAUAAUACCAACAAUAAUAAUAAUUUGCUCUCCGAUCAAUCUCCAACGAGCGAUUAUAUCGAUGACUCUUCGGCCUCGACGGCUGAUUCUUCAAACAGUUCGUUAAAUUCGCCGAUUCCAACAAACAGUGUUCACCAAAAUGUUACUAACCAAAGGAAUAAACACCCUCACAAUGUACUUUACGAUCCUUUAGUGCACACGAAUAGUAAACCGCCGUACUCGUUUUCGUGUUUAAUUUUUAUGGCUAUCGAGGAUUCGGAUCAGAAAGCGCUUCCUGUGAAAGAAAUCUACACGUGGAUUCUCGAUCAUUUUCCGUAUUUUCGAACGGCGCCAAUGGGAUGGAAGAAUAGUGUUCGACACAAUUUGUCUUUAAAUAAAUGUUUUCAGAAGAUUGAAAAAGCUCCUAAUUUAGGUAAAGGAUCAUUAUGGACAGUCGAUCAACAAUAUCGGCCAAACUUAUUACAAGCAUUAACUCGAUCACCAUUUCACCGAUGUUCAACUUUAGACCCUAGCGUUUAUUUCAACAAUAAAAAACCCACAAACGACCGAAAUACAAAUAUAACCCGAUUACCCAACCCACAACUCUUCCCGUAUUUAGCUUCCGAAAUGAAUCGAAGGAUAAAAUCGGAACCUCGAGAAGAUUCUUUGGACGAAGUCGACGCAGCAGCCGUUAUGUUAAGCCUCCGAAACGGUUUAAGACACCGACAAAAACGCACCACUUGUCAAGUUAUAACGAGUUCGCCAAGUCUAGAUCAUACAUAUAGCGCAGCGGAUAGUUAUAUUGAUGAAGCUUUUGAAAGUGAUGAAGAAGAUAUAAAGUUAUCGAAAUCGUCGAUUUGUAGAAGAAUCGAUUUUGAAGAUGAAGAAGAACGUAAAAUCAAAGAGGGAGCUGAAACGUUAUUAAAUUUGGCGGGAAUUUCAACGAGAAAACGUGGAAAUUCAAGCAGUCUGUGUUAUGAUGUUGAGAAAAGGGUGAAAAAAGAAAUUGAAGAUGAUGAUGACGACGAGGAUGAAGAUGAUAAUGUGGGGAGGCCUCAUUUUCGACCGAGACUUUUAAGGAAAAAAAAGGACGUCAAAAGGAUAAGUAAUAAUAAUAGUAUAAUUGUUCAAGCCGACGACGCUUGGGUUAAACACAGACGCGAAUUGGAGAUGAAUCAACGAAGGUAAUGAUAGAUUUAAAUUUUAAGUGAAAAAAAAUCAAGAAAUUUUCUUUUUUGGGAUUAAAGAGAAUAUUAAUUAGAAAGGUGAGUGAAAAUAAUAAAAGAUAUUUUUUAUUAUUAAUUAAUAAUUAAUUAAUUA